ACUAGCCUACCUGUGUCGUGCAUGGACCAACCUCUGAAUUCACCGUGUUGCGUGGCGCUGAAUCGGAAUAUCAGCAGUCUUACCUGACAAACUCCCGUUACUUUAAGUCGAGGAAUAGAACGUAACCUUGAAGUACGGGGACACCUGAACAAGAUAACUCACCUGUAGCGACGUCAUUGCUGUUUUUGUGGAGUGUGUGGGCUUGGGGAGAAAAAGAACGGACACGCACAGAGAAGAAAAACGGGAUAGAAGACUGAAACUGCGGAGCUACAAAGUUUGUUGUAGAGGUGGAGAACAGAAAGGAGGGAGGACUGCGGGAAGAAAGAGAAGGGAACGAUCCUUCCCGUUUUUUUUCUUUCACGAGGGGAAGGUAUAUUUUUGAGGUACUUUUUUCACCAGUUUACCUGGAGCGUAUUGAUUCUACACAAACUUGACCGAAGAGGACAGUGUAACCGUAAAAAAACGACCAUGCCGAGAGCCUUCCUGGUAAAGAAGGCGAGAUACUCGCCCUAUAAGCGGAACUGGAGCGAGUUGCCAGACGACGAGCGCGGGGACGUAUAUAUACCAGUGUCUGUCUUCCCCGUGCCCUUAUUGGAGGAAACUGAAGCCAGUCCAGCAGAGACCGCCCCCUGUCUCGCCACGACGACGCACUGCGAAUACACCAAAUACACACAGUCGCACUCGGUGCGCAGCGUGAUGACUCCUACAGCGGAGAUGCCCUCGUGCACGGUGCUGGGUCAACCCCAGAGCCCUGGUCGGGAGUUAGAGGUCACGGGGUUAGAGGUGAAGAGGAGGGCACAGAGCAGCACCUAUGUCCGCUCCAAAAUCAAGGUGACUACAGGUGAGCUACCCAGUCAGAUUCCAAUACCUCCCCAGCCUUCCAUCCCCGAAAUCACCACCACACCUGUUUCCUUGACGACGUCCCCUACUGCCCUGGUCUCCACAGUAACGAAGUCAGGGACAGGUGCUCAGGCGUCGUUUGUGUGCAAGAUGUGUCAGAAGGUGUUCCAGUACCAGAGGAUGUUGAACCGACACCUGAAGUGUCACAGUGAUACUAAGAGACACCUGUGUAACCACUGUGGUAAAGGAUUCAACGACACCUUCGACCUGAAGAGACACGUCAGAACACACACAGGAGUGCGUCCCUACAAGUGCUCUCUGUGUGACAAGGCCUUCACCCAGCGCUGCUCUCUAGAGUCUCACAUGAAGAAGAUCCACAGUGUGACCCUGCAGUACGCCUAUAAAGAGAGACGCAACAAACUCUACGUCUGUGAGGAGUGUGGCCACACCGCCCCUUCCCAGGAUACACUGCUCAAACACUACCACUCCCUCCAUCCCAACUCCGCCUUCCUGAGGGGGAAGGGGCUGAAAGGGGGUAGAGGGGCAGAGGGGGAGGAGUCGAUGCCUGGGUCGCCACUUUCGAAUGACCAGGAUAGUGAUGAUACUACAGGGUCUGGGGUGCAGUAGAAAGAAGGGGCUGAAGGAGGGGGGAAGGGUAGGAAUACAACGGUUGUCUUUGUCGAAACUGUCGUCGGGUAAAUCUGAAACGUUAAGGGAACGUCCAUUUUAAAUAUGAGACCUGUUGAGAUUAGGAUUGAGAUUAUGCCCAGUUUGAGAUUAUUCUGGGUUUCACCUGGAACUCUCCUCCCGAUGUAGAUUAUCUGUACAAAAAAUACAAAAAAACACAACUCUAUAUAUUCAGUAAAGGGAUUAAUAUAUUUAAAUAUGUACGUUGCUAUGAAUUUAUACAGUGUGUUUUAAUGCAUUUGAUUGAUGAAAAUAACCUAUGUUUGUUUUGGGGUUUACACUCCUGAAAGUUCCAAAUGGUGGUUUAUGGGAAAUCUUUUGCACAUCUACUGUACACUGUAGUACUACUAUAAGAUGUCGUAUCUACUGCAAUGCCAAGGUUGACCUCAAUUCCUUUUCAAUUCCAGUCAAUUCAGAAUAUACACUGUAAUUCUAAUUCUCUUCAAUGCUUUUUGAGGAAAAUUCAUUCUGAAUUAACUAUAACUGUACAAUUUGAAAUGGAAUUGACCCCUAACCCUUGUCUUAUACAACUGUAACGACUGUUGAAAGAAAGAGAUUGUGAAACAAAGUGCCGGUCAUGUUUACAUUCAUAUCCAAUAGGACUUGGAAAGGAUCCAACUUCUACAGAAGAGAUUACUACUUGCAUACUGGAAAAGCACAGUGAGAUUAUUCUAGCCUGGUCCCAGGUCUGUUUGUGCUGUAUAGCCACCUCCACUCCACUAUAGCCUGGUCCCAGGUCUGUUUGUGCUAUAUAGCCAUCUCCACUCCACUAUAGCCUGGUCCCAGGUCUGUUUGUGCUAUAUAGCCAUCUCCCCUCCACUAUAGCCUGGUCCCAGGUCUGUUUGUGCUAUAUAGCCAUCUCCCCUCCACUAUAGCCUGGUCCCAGGUCUGUUUGUGUUGUAUAGCCAUCUCCCCUCCACUAUAGCCUGGUCCCAGGUCUGUUUGUGCUAUAUAGCCAUCUCCCCUCCACUAUAGCCUGGUCCCAGGUCUGUUUGUGUUGUAUAGCCAUCUCCACUCCACUAUAGCCUGGUCCCAGGUCUGUUUGUGUUGUAUAGCCAUCUCCACUCCACUAUAGCCUGGUCCCAGGUCUGUUUGUGUUUUAUAGCCAUCUCCACUCUACUAUAGCCUGGUCCCAGGUCUGUUUGUGUUGUAUAGCCAUCUCCACUCUACUAUAGCCUGGUCCCAGGUCUGUUUGUGUUGUAUAGCCAUCUCCACUCCACUAUAGCCUGGUCCCAGGUCUGUUUGUGUUGUAUAGCCAUCUCCCCUCCACUAUAGCCUGGUCCCAGGUCUGUUUGUGUUGUAUAGCCAUCUCCACUAUAGCUUGGUCCCAGGUCUGUUUGUGUUGUAUAGCCAUCUCCCCUCCACUAUAGCCUGGUCCCAGGUCUGUUUGUGUUGUAUAGCCCUCUCCCCUCCACUAUAGCCUGGUCCCAGGUAUGUUUGUGUUGUAUAGCCAUCUCCCCUCCACUAUAGCCUGGUCCCAGGUCUGUUUGUGUUGUAUAGCCAUCUCCCCUCCACUAUAGCCUGGUCCCAGGUAUGUUUGUGUCGUAUAGCCAUCUCCCCUCCACUAUAGCCUGGUCCCAGAUCUGUUUGUGCUAUACAGCCAUCUCCUGUGGUGUUUGACAAGACUAUAUCCAUAGAAUUGGCAAGACAAUACACAGAUCUUGUACCAGGCUAAGAUUGUAUAGGAUUUACAUACUGAUUCUCAGGUUAGAAUACACUCCACUAUAUAAUGCUGUUGGUUUUGAUAUGUUUUCUAUUAGUGGGGUCAAUGUGUUUGAACUUGUUCUGCUUGUUUUCAUAUAUAUUUUUUCUAUAAAAGUGUUUGUUGUUGUUAUUGUUUAUGAGUGUGAUUUCAGCACUUGAUUCUUGGUGUGUAUAAGUGCCUGACUACUCAUAAGGGAAAGACAACCAAAAGGGUACAGAAUGAUAUUAUACUGUACUUUCUAUAACUGUACAAUAUAGUACAUACACUGAAAUAUAUAUAAAGAGGUUUUUCUAUUUAUGAACAGGUGUUUGAUUACUAUAUUAAUGGGGUUUUUGUUUUCUGUGAAUAUAUAUAUUUUUUUUACAAAUCAUUCUAAUGUGACUUGUAUCAAAUUGUAUUUUAAUUAUAUUUAUCAGAACUCGGAAACUCUGAAAUGUCUAAAUUGGAAACUCGUUGUAGAAAAAUUAAGUCCAAUUUUUGGUUCCACUAGGAAAGUAUCAUAAUCAACCAAUUGGAAGCGCUACGUAAAAAAAAAAAAAAACGUAUGCAAAUUUGAACCCUUGAGGUUCUGAUUUUCCGAGUUGUCUUGAAUGCGGCAUUUCAAAGACUUUCUUCCCUUGUUGCCAGACUUGUUUAAGGUCUUGUUUUCCUGGUGUGUUUGAUGGGUGUGGUGGGUUGUGGAUGCUGCUGUAUAUUCAGUGACUCUUACUUUGACAAUCAUGGUGAGGUUGGUUGUUGCUCAAUAUUAAAUCUGUUUCCUGUAAAGUA